GAGAAAUGUCGUCGAUGCAUCAGCUGCUCCUCUACUCGCUCUGCCUCUGGGCCGUGAUCGUGUUCUGCGCCCCCGCGCCGGUCGAGUCGCGCCGGGUGAUCUUCCUCAAGCCAAACGGCAUUCACCGCGGCCAGAUCCUGGCCACCCACGGGAUGGAGAAGCCCUGCCCCCAGUGCCACAUGCACGACCACCGGGGCAACUGCCGCCGCAUCAUCUCCUACAAUGCAGAUGGAGUCCGCUGCUAGCCCGCGAAGUGAAGUGAAGUGAAGUGAAGUGAACAAUCCAUCAUCAUCGCCACGAAUCUCCUCUCCCAGCCAAACUAUUUAUUUAUGCCAUCUAUCUGCCUCGCCCGCCACACUAUUUAAUUAAUCGUAAUCCGUAAUAAAACAUCAAAUAGCCGCAACAGUGGCAAUUAAGUAAA